CUAAAAAUGUUAUUACAUAACCGAAUAUUUUUCGCAUCGGAAUUGUUAUUGCACAAAAUUAUUUUUUAUCGAUGACAACAUUUCCCAGCGAUUUCUGAAACCGUUCGAGUCAAACGAUUCCCGACGUGCCCAACCCGCAUGAUCUCUCGUUGAAUUCCAGGUCGACUAUUGAGCGCCGAAUAAUGGGAAUAACCACCAACAACGACAAGAAGAGCUCCCUCAGAGAGGACGAAGACCGACGCGUCGUCGUCGUCGACGACGCCAUCGUCAUACACGAGAACAACCGCGUCAGAACCAGCAAGCUCUCCACCCCGAAGACCUCGCUGUCGGAGCCGGGCUCGAAGAGGAGCUCCCUGGGCGUGUACAGCAUCGGAGGGUUUUCAGUUGAAUCUCAAAUCAGAAGGGACGCCGCGAGGAAGUCCAUCGUUUCCAUAAGGAGCGAAAAGCAGAAAUUGGACGAGGAAAAAUGGUACCAGAUCAUCACGCAGGUCAGCGUGCCGUUUUUCAUCGCCGGAAUCGGCACUAUAGGCGCUGGGAUUGUGCUAUCAAAAGUUACAGAAUUCAAAGUGUUCAAAAAAGUACAAGCUCUUUUGGUACUCAUACCAGCCUUGUUGGGCCUGAAAGGGAACUUAGACAUGUGCUUGGCCUCCAGACUAUCCACGCAAGCCAAUUUGGGCAAAUUCGAAGAUAAAAGAGAACUAUUCAAGAUAAUCUACGGCAACGUAUUGCUUGUUCAGAUACAAGCGAUAGUAGCAUCGUGCGUUGUAUCGGUAUUCGCAGUAUCCGCUUCGGCUAUGCUAAACGGGCAUUUCGAAUGGCUCCACACGCUUCUCCUCAUAACAUCCAGCAUCUUAACGGCUACUCUGUCGUGCUUCACGCUGGAUUUGGUCCUCGUUAGCAUCAUCGUGCUGUCGCACAAGAUCAAAGUGAACCCAGAUAACAUAGCCACACCGAUGGCAGCGAGCAUCGGCGACGUGGUUUCUCUAAUAACUCUAUCGCUUUGGGCCAGAUUAUUGUUUUCAAUACACGAAAAACAUACAUGGGUGAUGUUCGCGAUUCUGGGCUUCUACAUUUUCGGAUUGCUUCCGAUUUGGGUUCUGAUCGUACGACGUAACGCCUACACCAAAACCGUUUUGCUGAACGGUUGGGUUCCGGUUAUAUCGGCCCUCUUCAUCAGCGGAAUGGGCGGAAUCGUCUUGCAAACGGCUGUAGGCAAAUUCGCCGGGUACGCCGUAUUCCAACCCAUCGUGAACGGAAUCGGCGGCAACUUGGUGUCCAUACAAGCCAGUCGAAUAUCCACCAUGCUCCACAAAACCUCCCUCGAAGGCGUCAUACCCUUACACACGAAGCAAUGGGCCACGCCGUACGAAGCUUUAAUCAGCGGAGUGCUUCCAGCCAAAUCGGCCAGACUCCUGCUGGCGCUCUCCAUUCCGGGCCACAUCGUGUUCGUUUUCGCUGCGGAUCUCAUCAACAGCAAGGGCGGGGUGACGGUGAACGUGUUCUUCGUGCUGAUUUACAUACUGGUGGGGUCCAUCCAGCUGGUGAUACUGCUUUACGUUUGCCACAUCCUGGUGCACACCAUGUGGAGGUUCCGCAUCGAUCCGGACAAUUCUUCCAUUCCCUAUCUGACGGCGCUUGGUGAUCUGCUGGGGUCCACGCUGCUGCUGGCCGGUUUCGUUUUCUUGGAGUCCGUCGGGCACGAAUAUAAGAAAAAACAUACUCAUGGUCUUUAAGUGGGAAUUUACUGUUUUAUCUGCUACGCUAGGAUAUUUAUCUACAUGUUGGUUAUAAUUUUAAUUAAAUAUUUAUAUUGUACUGUACGUAUUCUACGCUCGCUAUUCGAGCCGCAACGACGUUCUAGUCAAAGCGUUAUUUACGCUUUAAAUGUGAUAGAUUCGUUGGAAAACCACGGACAAUAAUUAGC